AUGGCUUAUCAACAGAACCUUCCAACCAAGAUAUCCUUCAGUAUUGAAGUACUAUCAAAGAGCAGCAGGAUUACGGAUCCCGUCUGUACUGAUGCAGUUGUCAACCAUAUACACGACAUAUGUCUAACAAACAUCAACCAGCCAAUUACAGCAGAUAUAAUUCUUCCGCUAACCAUCUCAACUCAUCAUCUGCAAUGCAAGAGGAAACGACUCGAUGAUUCCGAUGAUAACAGUUUCAGCUCUUUAGACUCCGAAUCAAAAGAUUGUUCGUCGCCUGGUUCAUCCUCCGACAACUCGGCAAAGUCCGAUCAACCAACAAAGAGAGCCAAAAUUCCCUUCACAAACUCACAACUGUUGGAUCUAGAGCGAUACUACAGUAACAGCAAAUAUCUCCAGAUUGAAGAUCGACCAGUGCUCGCCAAGAAACUCAAACUCAGUCAGCACAAAAUUAAAUGGUGGUUCCAGAAUAGAAGAAUGAAAGAAAAACGUCACAUCAAAAGUACCGGCUACCACGGUUCACCAGAAUUGUCACAGUUCGUUGGUGUCGGUAAACCUGGCCCAAGAACGUUGGAAUUGAACAAUAACAAUAGUCAGCAGUCAUACUCACGGUUUCCUGUGUUCUCACCGUCUACGUAUGGUAUGUUAUCGUGUGUGUAUCCUGGUUACAGUCAGCAGUUCUACAGCAGUGCAUCACAACAGUCGCGUCAACUUUGUUAA